AUGGAGACAAACUCUAAGCAAAGAGCUGCAGGGUUCGUGAAGAAUAAGCUAGUUAGUACCUUCUACAAAACCACCAAGCCACCAGCUCCGCUGCCAAUCACCGCUCCAUAUGGUGGUGGUGCUGCCAUCAUCAACAAGACAAGUUACCCACCUUCCUCCAUGAAAAAGGUUCCAUCAUUAACGAAGCUCACAAAUUUAUUCAGUGGAUCUGACGACUAUGUUCAUGGACCUAGUGGCGGCGGUGGCGAUGCUAAGGUUGAUAUAAGGGCUUCCAAUUAUAUCUCAUCUUUCAAAGAGCGGCUUAUUCUCGAAGAACGUAACGCCACUAACGAAAGAGUCGAGAUGUUUAGAAGAAAUUAA